AUGGUUCCCUCAGGUUGUCCUGAACCGGAUAUGUGUCUGUCAAAAUGGGAUUACUGUGGUAAAACUUUAGAGUACUGUGGUGAUGGCUGUAAGGCUGGUCCAUGUGAUGCUUUCAAAGGAGAAGCUACAUAUUAUACUGUCAGUGUUGGUUUUACAGCAUGUGGAACAAUGCACAGUGAUAGUGAAUACAUCGCUGCCUUGAAUUCAGCACAAUUCGAUCCACAAACACCUAAUGGUAAUCCAAAUCGAAACACAUUAUGUAAUAAACUAGUCAAUGUCGUUGGUCCGAACGGAUCAGCUACAGUAAAAAUUGUUGAUAAAUGUCCUGGAUGUCGUUAUGGUGAUCUUGAUCUGUCUGAAGCUGCUUUUAAAGCGAUCGUCGGAGAUCUUGGUAUUGGUCGUGGACAAAUUACAUGGAAAUGGCUUUGA